ACCGCAUCUUAACUUGGCCAUGUCGACUACUCCCGACUCAGCGGACCUCAAGAAGGCAAAGCAGCGACUGCGCUACCGCAAAAAGACAUCAAGUGGGGGCGACGCAGGUACGUCUGCUGCACCAGCGCCAUUGGCCACCGAAGAACCGGCAAACCUUGCCCCACCUCGCGGUCCAAAGCCAGGUGGCACUCCUCGAAAAUCCAAGAAUCGGUCGAAAGCCAAGGCGAAGGGAGUCGACGAUGACGUCGACAAGAACGCGCUUGCGCCAACUGUGCUGGACGCCGACGACAUCACGCUGAUCCGGCGCAAUCGGGAACAACAGCUCAAUAAACAACGCGAGUACCAACGCAAGCACUUGGAAGACGAAAAGAGGAAGCGUGAGAUUCGCGACCGACAGCACGAGGCCAUGGUCAAACGCGUCGAGGACGAGACAGUCAAUAAACUCGUGCGCGCUGAAGUCAUGUUUACGCUGCUUCAAGAACACAAGGAGAAAUCCAAGUUGCACUCAACCAGCCAGCAUGUCUUGCACCAUCCGCCGCGGCACGACCUCGACAACUCGUACCCCUUUGGGUUCAACCCAACAGGCGUCGCCCCCGAUUUGCUCCUGGCAAGCAUCAAGCGAUGGGAAGAGCACCUCAAGCGCCUUCUCGGCGGAACGCGCGUGGCAGAGCACGAGCGCGGCAUUGCGUGCCUUCGCCAGGCGUGCCGCGAAUCGUACUGUGAGCUUCUUCUUGCACACUCGGAAACGUCCACCGUGUUGAAAUUGGACCUCAACGAACGUCUCUGGAUGAGCUGGUACAAAGAAAUCGACCCAUUGCAAGGGAAACUCCGAGGUGCGGCGCCGCACGCUGGCGGCCACGUGAGCCAGCACCUGCGAGACGCCGUGACCGCCCUGUUGGCGACAUGCACCGCCUUCUACACGAACCUGCUCAUGCGCUUGACCAAUGCGUCGUCCUCUUCCAACGAAGUACGCCGCGGCCACGCAACGACUCAUUCGAUUCACAUGACGUACGUGGCCCUUGGCGACGUCGCUCGGUAUGGCCAAGGAUUGUUGCCGAAAGCAUCGCGGUCGUGGCGGAUGGCUGAGACUCAAUAUCACCAUGCACUGCGCUACAACCCGUCGAAUGGCAAAGUGUACAACCAACUGGCCCUUCUCGCUCUUCACCAGAAUCAAACCCUUGACGCUGUAUACUUCUACAGUCGCAGCUUGGCUUGCGCUACGCCGUUCUGCGCCCGCGAAAACCUCUUGACGACGCUCACGACAGUCAAACUCCCGGCCGCAGCCAUUCCCUUCAACUCGCCAGAGAUCACGACACAUUGCAGCGCCCAUUUGCUCCACUGCUUUUCUCGGUUGUUUACCAGCAUCGACAUUUGCAAGCUCGAGUUUGAAAUGCCAUCGGCCGUCGAUGCGUGGCGGCGCGCACUCGCGACUACCGCCGAGCACCAUCGAGCGUUCUUCAUGCGCACGAUAGCCCUGGCGCUGUUUUCUGUGCACAACUGCCAGGUGCCAGUCGGGUCGACGUCGCUGGCCCCAUCGGUCAUCACGGACGAUCCAAUGUUCUUUCAAGCCGAGUGGCCACAGUGGCCAAACCACGACAAUGUCCGCUAUGCGCUGCAGCUCGUGUUUCUACUAACGACCGCUCUGGUGGAAGCCGUGACGGCGUCGGACCUCGACGAGUCCCUCCUGCCCGCGCUUACGCUAAGCUUGGACUGGCUGCGCGCGCAUCCGUGGUUCCUCUCCCAUGCCUUGUCGACGAAGCUGCGCGAAGCCAUGUCACGCUUCCUGCCUCUCGUGCAUGCCAAGCUCAGGAGCGACCACCGUUCUGACACAUGGGACGGGACAAGCCCGGCACUCUGGGACGACGUUGAAGUGCGAGGAUUCCUUCCACUUGCCAGAGUGCUGCGGUGCCAGAACGAGGGCGAGACGUCGACUCUUGAUGAAAUGGUUGUCGACGUGCUGUCGAUGCGUCUUGUGCGAAUCAUGGGAUUCGUCUCGACCGCCGUCAAGAUGGGGUGGACAGAGCCGUAUCUGCCGUACAAGCGUGUGGAGAAGGUGGCGCCCCAGGCCACGACGAUGAAGCCGUCCAUGACAGCUGACUGUCCCCAGUGUUCGAACUCGAUAGCUAUCGAUGCAGGCAUGUGCGAGUUCUGCGGCUUCGAAACGAGCUUCAACACGGCUGAUGACGACGGGAACGAUAGCGCACCGAUGUCGAAUGCAUGCCCCGAAAACAAGGACGCUGCUCCUGACAGCGGUCGUGUUCGCGGCAUUCUAUCUGGAGUGCAGUGGCAAGCGCCGAUGCAAAAACAGAGCGCUGCCAUGAACAAACGACACCCCUUCCACCGUUCACAUGACACGCCCGCACGCCGCCAACUACAGCCUGUGGACUUUCGCGGUAGCGGCGCUGCCCCGGCCGACUGGAAGUGCUUGAUCGUAGUCGAUGCGGCCAACGUCGCGAUGCGCCAUGGUUUGAAUGCCAAGUUUUCGUGCCGUGGUAUUCGACUGGUGAUCGACCACUACAUCGCUCGGGGCCACAAAGUGAUUGCGUUUCUCCCAGACUACUUGCUCAAGUACGAGACGGUUGGCGCUCAGAAGCGCAUGGCAAACGUCGGGUACGACGUGAGUCCGACCAAACUGCCCGACGACGUCACGCUGCUCCAGGCAAUGGUGCUGGAAGGGCUCAUCAUUGCCACGCCACCCCAGGACUACGACGACUCGUACUGCAUUCAGUACGCAGGCACUCACGAUGGCUGCGUCGUCACGAACGAUCUGUUCCGAGACCACCUGGACAACAUCAAACCGAGCCAGAAACGAAGCGCCAUGCGCGAGUGGCUCAAAGCCCAUCGGAUUUCGUUCACAUGGGUCGGGGACGAAUUCCUACCCAACCCCGAUUUUCGAUUUCCUCCGAAACGCGCCAACGACGACGACGGUUUGAACGCUGACGACUAUGUUCAAUGAAGGGCUCGGGUGCCGACAAACGCUGGCCACCCAGUCUGCCUUUUCAGUGCGAGCCAUGGCAUGACCACCAGUAUGUGUACAUGGGAGGUGCUUUUGCUCUCAAGCGAUGCGUACGACCCUCCCGCGUCGCUGGCCGUCACUUCCACCGGCACCAAGUCACGGUCUGAACGAAACCUGUUGCAACUUGCUCUGCACGUAUGGUCCACAGCAAGAGGACUUUCGCACGUCCUGCUUGAACGAUAAUUGACGUUUCUCUCCAUA